AUGAAUCUUGGCAUAUUCAUCUCCGCUGCACUGAAUGAUCUUGGAGGACACGCUGGUCUUUGGCUGGGAUUAUCUGUGAUUUCUAUAGUGGAGGUAUGCGGGCUAAUUAUUCUACUCGUAAUGUAUUGUGUAACAUGCGGAGGUCUCAAAACCCGUCCUGAUGACGAUGACUUCGCAGCCGAUGAGCGUAUUCAGGAUGUAGAGGAAGUGAAGAAAGAACUGGACAUAGCUGAUGAGAAUGAGAAAGAUCUCGACUUAUCAGAUGAGGAAGAUGAGCCAACUCCAAACAAAGAAGAAAAUGCAAAGGAGAAAUGA